AUGGCGAGCCCGACGGGCGAUCCGGAGGUCGAUGCACUGGUUCAGAAAACCGACGAAAUAGUAGAUGGAUCCGCCCUUAACUAUCUUCAAGCUUUGCACGCUGACCUGUUUCCGCGCCAGCACCAAGAGUUAGGACUCGCCUUCCAGAAUUUCGCGCGCCUAAGAUCCGAGGUCGUUCAAAAGGACGAACUCAUCAAGCAGUUGACGAUAGAGCGCGACGACGCGAAGGAGGAUCAAAAGGCCAGCCAGUGGCAGACCAGCGUCUACACUUUCGCUGCAGAACUUGUUUGUUUCAGACCCGACCGGUCCGUGGCUGAUGAGGAUAUUUCCAGCCUGUUUCUCGCCGUUACGGUUAUGGCUGCAGGCGCGGAGAAUUACUCGGAGAUGGAGGAGAGGAUGCGGGCGCCGGCGUUGCAAGGCAAAUGGGUGUGUCUAUACACAGUGACACGAACGAAGGGCGAAGAGGAUCGGCAUUUCGCAUGUGGCGAGACUUGCGCGAAGGGAAACAACACAAGAUGUAUACUUAUCAAGAGCAAUCAGGAUCAGGAAGAUGUUGCGCAGAAGGCUGGAUACGUCGCGGUCAAGUGGGCACCUGAGGCGAUUUAA